UCCAUGACGUACAAACAUGGCUGCGUCCAUUGCGCGGUCAUGCCGAAGCGUGUGCAGAGUUAAAUCACAUGUCAUAUUAACAAAAACAUCUUCAUUCCACUGUUCUCCAUCUAAACGAAGCGGGAUCCUCUUAUCCCUGCAUAACCGAGGCCUCCUGAAGGAGUCGUUCCCUGAGCGCGCAGCUCAAGCUGAGCUCCCGGAUCUGCUCCGGUCCGGUCCGCAGACCGUCUACUGCGGCUUCGACCCGACCGCGGACAGCCUUCACGCCGGAAACCUGCUCGCCAUCAUCGGCCUGCUGCACUUCAGAGCCGCGGGUCAUGGCGUCAUCGCGCUGCUCGGCGGAGCCACGGCGCAGAUCGGGGAUCCGAGCGGGAGGUCGGCCGAGAGAGAGCGCCUCUCCCCGGCUACGGUGGAGCAGAACGCCCGCGGGAUUCUGGAGAGCCUCCACCGGAUCUUCACCCACCACGAGCUGCACUUCUGCCCGGACCCGAGCAGGCUGGGCCGGCUGACGGUGCUCAAUAACCGCAGCUGGUACAAGGACUGGCAUGUGCUGGAGUUCUUCUCGGAGGUCGGAAGAUGUUUUCGGAUGGGCACGAUGCUCAGCAGACACAGCGUCCAGUCUCGGCUGAAGAGCGCGGAGGGCAUGAGCUUCACCGAGUUCUCCUACCAGCUCUUCCAGGCCUUUGACUUCUACCGUCUGCAUCAGCUGCACGGCUGCAGGAUCCAGCUGGGCGGAACCGAUCAGCUGGGAAACAUCAUGAGCGGACACGAGCUCAUCCACAGAAAGACAGGAGAGGAAGUGUUCGGCCUGACGGUUCCUCUCGUCACUACCUCGAUGGGCGAUAAACUGGGGAAGACGGCCGGCAACGCUGUCUGGUUGAACCCAGAUAAAACAUCCCCCUUUGAGUUCUAUCAGUACUUCCUCCGCCUGCCAGAUACCAGCGUGGAAGGGUACCUGAAGCUCUUCACGUUCCUGCCGCUAGCGGAGGUGGAGAAGGUGAUGGAGCAGCAGAGGCGGGACCCGGGCAAGAGAAUCGCCCACAAACGCCUGGCCGCUGAAGUCACCAAGCUAGUCCAUGGGAAAGAGGGGUUAGAAAGCGCCAAAAGGUGCACCAAUGCUCUGUACCACAGUAAUAUCCAGGCCCUGGAGCAGAUGAGUGACACUGAACUCCAGGAGCUUUUCCGAGAGGCUCCGUUCCAUGAGCUGUUCUUGGAUCCGGGGACGACGGUGCUGGACGCCUGCAGACGGGCACAAGCCAUUCCUGAGGGACCGCGUGGGUAUCAGAUGAUCCAGGAUGGUGGAGUUUGGAUCAACCACCAGAGGGCAGCAAACCCUGAGCAAGUUCUGGUUCUGGGUCAGCACAUCCUCUCUAACGGACUCAGCCUGAUCCGAGUGGGCAAGAGAAACUUUUACAUCCUAAAGUGGCUUAGUAUGUGAAUUACCAACUGGGAUAUACACGUUUUGCCUUCAGAAUGAACUGUGUGCAACUGUGGAAACUGUAACAGAAACUAUCCUGCAACCCCGAAGCUCCCCAGCAGUGGUCAGUAGAGGUCUGUUUUGGCUCAGGACAGUAACCUGUGCUCUGUCUGCUUGAACUUAUCAAAGACUUUGAAAUUAUAUGUUGAAUUGUGCUGUUGAGAAUGUGUGUGGAAUAUAUCAAAGACAUGAGAACAGA